AUGUCUUGGGUGAGUAAGAAGCGUGAAAUGCAAAAGAGAGUAGAGGACGAUGAUCCCAUCUUGCUUCUCUCUGGAGGUAAAUUCCAAUCAUCCCAAGAAGCAACUACAGAUUCAUCAACAGCUACAGAAACAGCCUCCAAUUUCUUCUCUAUUAAUUCCGAAGAUUUGUACGAUCAUAUUGAAACUCCUGAUAGUUCAUCAUCACGAUUAUCUUCAUUGCCUCCUCUUCCUUCUUCCCUCACCACCACUACAUCGACUAGUAACAAACAAAAUUCUUCAUCCAAUAAUAUAAUUACAAAUAAUCAACAACAACAACAACAUAAUAAUAACAGUAAGGCCUCUGCUGAACCAUUCGAUGUCGAUUCAUUCAUCAAUAAUCUUCCAACACAGCCUCCAAUUCCUUCAAAGAGUUUACCAAUGACACCUCAAGCAAAUAAUAAGAAGAAUUUACCAACAGUUCCUCCUUCAUCAAAAACAUCAACUACACCUCCUCCUAAUUCACAUCAACAACAACAACAACAACCAAUGAAUGAAGCAUCAGUGGGUAGUACUAAACCUCUGCCAACACGUGUGCCUUCAAGUGGAUCUUUAAAUAUUUCUCCAAAAGCAGUAGUAGUUAAUGAAAAAAGUGAAACUCCAAUGGUUGUUAAAUCUACUGAAAAAUCAGAAAAGAGACAAACAAGGGAAUUUGAAUUUUCAUUUGAACAUUUCGAACAAUUAAAGAAACAAUUAUUCAAAUUGGAAGAGGAAAAUCACAAGCUCAGAAAGGAAUUGGAACAUUCCAAUAAUUCAUUGGAGGAUUUUGUUAGUGAAACUCCAAAAAGCGCUUCCUCUAAAUAUGAUGAUUACUUUGAGGAGGAGAAGGUUGUUGUGAAAACUUUGGGAGAUUUAAUUAGAGAAGGACUUGAAUCUAAUGAAUUGAAUAAGGUUGUCUUGGAUAAGGUAAAGAAAAGAAAAGUUACCAAGCCACCAGUUUAUAAAGAGGUAAUUGAUGAGGAGGAGGAAUUAAUUAACGAGUCAUUGGAUGAGGAUUAUGAAUAUAAAUAUAGAUCUAAUGAUCAAUUUUCCAAUCAAGAAAGAGAAUUGGAUGCCUGGUGUAAUUUAAGAAGACUCAGAGAGUCAAAGCAAAAGGUAGCUCUUUUGAAGAGUUGUGGAAGAAAUUAUGAUGUCAUUAUUCCAGUAAUAAUUUCAAUUGAACAAUCUCUGGCAUUUAGAUCUUUCAUGGAGGUUUUAAUUGAAGCUGAUAGGGAGACAGGAUUUUUCGUCUUGACCUAUAUUUCAUUCCUCAAGAAACUUGGAGACAACAAAACUCUUCAAAGGGUUUACAAAUUCAAUAACAUGAUUAGAGAUGAAGCUUUGCUUCAAUACAAGAUGGCAAUCACAAUUACUGAUCCAUACGAAAAGAUGGAUUCAUUGGAACAUUGUCUUUCUUUUAUUCAAAAGAAUGCACAAGCUAUUGAUAAUCCAGUUGGGUUUAAAUCUAACAAAUAUUCUCUAGAUUGUGCAGAAGAGCUCAGUAUUGCCACUGCCAAUUUAAUUCAUUUAACAGCAAAACAACUUAAAAUUGAUGAACAAGAUAAUUCAAUUGCUCUUUCAGGAAAACAUCCAAUAUUCAAACAGUACAAAAAGUUCCCAAUUUAUGGAAGUACUUUAUCUGAGACUAUGAAAUACUGCCUAUUCUAUCACAAUGCUGCUCCAGAUGAUCAAAUUGCUUGUCCUAGAACAUUGGCCAAAUUUUUUGACCUCUCACAACAUAGAUUUUUUUAUGAUGCCAUUGUUGCAAGAAGUAGAAUUGGUGAUUGGAAGGGGGUAAUGAUUGCCUAUUCAAAGGCACAAAAGGAUGGCCUUUGUUAUUGUUCUGCCUACGAUAUGAAAAUGCAAAAGGGAAAUAGUGGAUUUAUGAAAUUGCUAACAGGAAAACCAAACAGAGCUGAUUCAAACUCAAUUCUCAAUAUUUACAAUGUUAUGCAAGUAUUGAAGUUAUUCAGAGCUCCAAUACCAAUGAUUAGAGAUUUACUUCAAUCAUUUUCCUUCCAGAAAACUGAAAUGGAACUCAAGGCAGAGAUUGCCAAUGAAUAUAGAAUUUAUGACAUUGCAAUUCAAUGCAUUGUCAACGAGCUCAAAGACAGAGACAUGCUUAUCAAGGUUAAGGAGGAUAUCAAUAGACGAUAUGAAGGCCCUGAUAAAAUUUCUCUCCAGGAAGAAAUUAAUAAUCAUCUUUAUAAUAAGAAGAUGAAAUGGAAGAAGGCAACAAUAAAUAUUUAA